AUGGGCAACUUCAUCAGUUGGCUCAAGAAGAACUUGGCCCCCGAUCAAAACCAGGGGUCUGCGCUGGGAGCUCAGCCAGAGUCGGCAUGGGGCAUGGUCGAUACUCUCAUUCCCGUACUAGUAGUAUCGAGCAUCUACAUCAUCAUCUUCUUAAUCCUGAGGAGGUCCCAGCGGCGCUUCUAUGCGCCACGUACAUAUCUAGGGUCUUUACGUGAAGACGAGCGUACGCCGAGUGUACCAAGCAACUGGCUGACCUGGUUCGCGGACUUCUGGAAGAUCCCCGACGCCUACGUUCUCACGCACCAGAGCCUCGACGCCUACCUCUUCCUCCGAUUCUUGCGCAUCUGCUUCGUCAUCUGCCUCGUCAGCCUGCUUAUCACCUGGCCCAUUCUGUUCCCGAUCAAUGCCACCGGAGGCAAGCACCUGUCCCAGCUCGAGAUCCUGUCCUACAGCGAUGUCGACAUCAACACGCACAAGAACUAUCUGUACGCCCACGCCUUUGUCGGCUGGGCUGUCUACGGCUUCCUCAUGUACAUGAUCACGCGCGAAUGCAUCUUUUACAUCAACUUGCGCCAGGCACACCACAUCAACCCUCACAAUGCCAAGCGAAUCUCCGCGCGCACCGUUCUCUUCACAUCGGUCCCGGAUGAAUAUAACAAUGAGGAGCGCAUCCGAGGCAUGUUCAAGGCAGUCAAGAGGGUCUGGGUCUGCGGCAAGACGAAGGAGCUCGACGAGCUGGUGGAGAAGCGAGAUGAAGCUGCGAUGAAGCUGGAAAAGGGCGAGAUCAGCCUCCUGAAGGCAGUCAACAAGGCCCGUACCAAGGCUCUGAAGAAGGGAGAGGUUCAGCCCGACGGCCCCGCCUCUGCCCACGCUGAAGAUGGCGAUAUCGAGACGGGCAACAUUGCUUCGCGCUGGAUUCCGGACAAGAAACGCCCUCACCACCGCCUCGGUCCCCUUGGUCUCGUUGGCAAAAAGGUCGACACCAUUGAAUGGAGUCGCGCUGAGCUGCAGCGACUGAUUCCCGAGGUGGAAAAGGCGCAGGCUGACUGGAGGGCGGGCAACUAUGAAAAAGUCCGCGCCGUCUUUGUCGAGUUCGAGACUCAGGGAGACGCCCAAUUUGCAUACCAAUCCGUUACCCACCACGAGGCCUUGCACAUGGACCCCAAGGCCAUCGGCGUCCAGCCCAGCGAGGUUGUCUGGAAGAGCUUGUCCCUCCCCUGGUGGCAAGUCAUCAUCCGCCGCUAUGCCGUCUAUGCCUUUAUUGCUGCGCUCAUCAUCUUCUGGGCUAUCCCCGUCGGUAUUGUUGGGUUGAUCGCCCAGGUGAACACGCUGAAGAGCAUCCCCGGCUUGACCUGGAUUGGCGAUAUUCCCAAGCCCAUUCUCGGAGUCAUUUCAGGCCUCCUGCCAGCAGUCGCCCUCUCGGUCCUCAUGUCGAUGGUGCCCGUCAUCAUGCGCCUCUGCGCUCGAUUGGCCGGCGAAGUCUCCCAGUCCCGCGUCGAGCUCUUCACCCAGAACGCCUACUUUUGCUUCCAGCUCAUCCAAGUCUUCCUCAUCCAGACCUUGGCCAACGCAGCCUCAACUGCCCUCGUCCAGAUUGUCCAGCAGCCGGGACAAGUCUUCAACAUUCUCUCUUCAGCCCUGCCGACUGCCUCCAAUUUCUACAUCUCCUAUUUCAUCGUUCAGGGUCUUACCAUUGCCACCAGCGUCGUCACUCAGGUCGUCGGCUUCUUCAUCUUCACGCUGCUGUAUAAGCUGUUGGCCAAGACGCCCCGAGCCAUGUACAAGAAGUGGACCAGCCUCAGCGCUCUUUCUUGGGGCAACCUUCUCCCGGUUUACACCAAUAUUGCCGUCAUUAGCAUUACCUACUCAGUCAUCGCUCCCCUAAUUCUAUUCUGGUCCACUAUUGGUAUGGGCUUGUUCUACCUUGCCUACCGCUAUAACAUCCUCUUCGUCACGGAGACUCGGAUCGACACGCACGGCUUGAUCUAUCCUCGCGCCCUCAAGCAGCUGUUCGCCGGUAUUUACCUGGCCGAAGUCUGCAUGGUUGGUCUGUUCAUCGUCUCCAAGGCCGCCGGACCCGCCGUCCUCAUGGCAAUCUUCCUCGUCUUCACCGUCCUGUACCACAUCACCCUUUCCAAAACCCUUGACCCUCUCCUCUUUGGCCUGCCCCGGACACUCCAGGCGGAGGAGGAGGCUCUUGAGCAGCGCACUGCUGGCAAAGCUGGAACCAGCAUGGAGGAGGGUUUGGCUUCCAACAAUGUAUCUCACGAUGAUACCGCCGGCAAGGGAUCUGUCCCCAACUUUGCGCCAUCAGCAUCUGCCAAGCGGGGCAACGUCCUUACCAGAUUCCUGAAGCCCUGGAUCUACGCGGACUACCACACUCUCCGCGGGCUCUUCCUCAACGAGGAGCACCUUGCCCAGCCGGCUCAGUACGCUGAAGAGAUUGAGGCCGAAGCAUACCUGCCGCCAUCCGUCGCGAGCAAGACGCCCGUUCUUUGGAUCCCCGCGGACCCGGCAGGUCUGUCCAAGCAGGAGGUUGCUGCUUCGAGCAAGAUUAUUCCCAUCACGGACGAAGGUGCAGAGCUCGAUGAGAAGAACCACGUCAAGUGGGACGCGGAAGGCGCCCGACCACCGAUCUGGGAAGAAAAGAUUCACUACUAA